AUGGGGGAUGACUUGUUCAAGAAAGGGAAAGAUGGUCUGCUACUCAAGUGCGUCAGCCUCAAUGAAUCUAUGGUGGUCAUGGCCGAAGUGCAUGAGGGGAUCUGUGGAUCACAUCAGGUCGGCCCUAAAAUGAGAUGUUUAAUCAGGAGGCAUGGCUAUUACUGGCCAACCAUCCUGGCAGACUGUGUGAGGUAUGCCAAAGGUUAUCAGGCUUGUCAGCGACACGGUCCAGUGCAGCAAGCCCCAGCGAUGGAGCUUAACGUAGUGGUGAAGCCAUGGCCGUUUAGGGGGUGGGCAAUGGACUUGAUCGGGAAGGUGACGCUGCCAGCCACAAGGUGGCAGUGCUUCAUAAUCGUCGUUAUGGACUAUUUCACCAAAUGGGCAGAGGCCGUUCCCAUGAAAACGGUCACCCAGACAGAAAUCAUCCGGUUCCUAAAAACCCAAAUAAUUCACAGGUUUGGGCUGCCUGAGACUAUCACAUGCGAUAAUGGGUCAAUUUUCACGGGGGGCCAAGUCCUUGAGUUUGCUGCGAAUUAUGGGAUCACUAUAACCCAUUCCACGCCAUACUACACUGCCAGCAACAAGGUGUUGAAGAAUUGCUUGGCUAAGGUGGUGGAUGAAAACCCCAAAAAAUGGGCUGAGUUGUUGUCUGAAGUUCUAUGGGCAUUCAGGACGUCACAACGGAUAAGUACUGGGACCACGCCAUUCGCCCUCACCUAUGGGCAUGAUGCGGUCCUUCCCCUAGAACUAAGCGUUAGGUCUGCAAGGGUGGCGUACCAAUAG